UUGGUUGCUGAAAACAUUUUUAUUUUAUGCUCACUUGGCCUUACAAAUAAAUGUCAAUCCAUCUUGGACCUUAGUGGUUUACUUUGGUCAAUCCAUCUAGGACCUUAGGGACUAGUUUAAGGUUUCGCAUCUUUCAACAGCCAUUUGAACAGGAAUGCUAACAAUUGACGACCCUUUCUAUGGCGUGGUUGGACGAAGAUGUAGACUAGAUUUGAAGAGCGACUGGACAUCCCAUUCUAAAUUUGGCGAAGAAAAUGGACGUUUUGUAUACAGGAAUCAUCCGAAAAAAUUUGCACCUGUGCUUCACCCGCUUAGCCGAAACUCGCUUAACCGAAAAUACAGCAACAGCGUGUCUGCAUCAUCUCUGCUGGAACUCGCCGCAUCUCUUCGCCAAGUGUUCAUCAUCGUGUGUCACUCGCCAGCCAUCAACGAGAGUCUAAGAGCCAAGAGUUACCUGCCAAUCAUCUACCCUGCCAAGUUGCACCUGCCGCCGAUUGGGCUGGGAGUGCAUGGGCUAACCACAGUACCUGGUUAUAACAGUGGCUCUUGGUGGCAUCAUGGAAACCAUUUUUCUUACCUGAGCCUGUGUGAUAACCCAGCUUUGGUGAAGAAAGCCAGCAAAUUCUGCUACGGCUGUCAUGAAAGCGCCAAACCUCAUUGGCACGAGGAGAAAUAUCGAUAUCUUGGCAGUGGCUACAAGGUCCCCAAAAGUGCCCUCUCCCGCAAGCGGCUUUCCCAGUUAGAUCAAGUGAUCUUGUCGGGCGAGGAUGGGGAUCAGAGAAAGGGGGUCAAAAGUGCAUUUCACCACAGGAGGAACACUAUGGCCGUCCACAGGACCACGCCUAACAUCUUCGAUCCUAGAAAAGAUUUGACCUCAUCGUUCUACCAUGACGUGUCUUCGCAGGCUCUGUCCGAGGAGAGAGCAGGAGGUUUGAGCUCUUCUGUCGAAAGAGGGAGACAGCAGAAGAAGCAUGUGGUGAAGAUACCUGCUACUCUGUCACAUAGGGAGAGGCCACUCACGAGGCACAGCCCAAUAGUCGAAGUUGACUCAGGGUUCCACAGUCCAAGAACCCCACGUCGCCACACCACUUUUGGGACCACUCCCACAAUCGUAUCUGCUCGGAACACAUCGAGCGUGAACAAAUACAACAGUGGCGAGUUCGGGUGGUCCAUACGACUAAGAAGCAGCCGAAGUCUCAAGUCGCUGAGAACAAACACUUCUGAAUGGUCAGAUUACGAGGAUGAGAAUUGCAGUUGUGAAGGGGAUAAAAAUCACUAUGAUGGGCAGCAUUUACGCCCUCGUGCCCAGUCUGUUUUUUACUGGGACUCAUCGAUGGGCUUGCCCAGUCGCAGGCGACCUCUUACAGGCGCUAAAGCUCUUCGUGAGAAGUCUCCCGUAGCUGUGAAUGAAGUAGCUGACACUCACUCGGUCACUGAACUAGAUGAGCCCCCUCAUUGUGACCCCCACGAGUACUUGCGGGAGGGGGGAGCUAUUAGGAGACCUACUUGGUGCAGGUUGAUUUCUGAAGCCGACAAAAAAGAGGAACCAAAUGAUGAUUGGGCUCCCCAUACUUCAGGACUGGACACUUCUGGCAAGCGAGUGCAAGACACUGUGGCCCGAGAGCGGAGUCAAAUAGACAGGAAAAACAACAGAACUGAGAAGCUUUACACAGCACCUGAUGCGUUUGUUGCGAGGAAGUCUGACAAAGAAGCGACAAUAGCCGGCGAUCCCUUCAGUGCCAACAGGAGUUUCGACCUCCCCAAAGGAGAUGGAAUGAAAAUCAGGAAGAGCUCAAAGGGACCCACUUCCUUCGUGGAAAUCAAAACUGACAGAGAUGAAUUCACGAUGCCACCGGCUGAAAAACUGAAAAAACCACCAGCAAAAAGCGCAACUCAGUUCGAUGCUCCCGAAGAGAGGGAGAAAAUAGAGCUUCCGUCUCUUCAAACUCCUAUUGAGCAGCCUCGCAUCCAUUCCCCUCCCUCGGUCGCCACCGAAACACUGUACGAAUGCGAAUACUGUCCUGAAGUGUUUGCAGAGGUUCAGCAUCUAGAAGAGCAUGCGAAACUUCACACCAUUCCUCCUCUAGAGUGUCCAAAAUGUCCCGAACGUUUCUGGGACGACCAGCACUUAAAAGAGCAUGUGACUGUUCAUGUCCCUCCCGUUGAGUGUCCUGCGUGCCCAGAGCGUUUCUGGGACGAGGAGGAGUUAGACAAACACAAAGUUGUCCAUGCCCCGAAAUUGCCCUGUCCUAAAUGUGAUGAAAUGUUCUUCACCAAGAAGGAAAUGAAAAAACAUGUCAAGAUACACGAUCCUUCCGUAAAGUGUCCAAAGUGUACUGAACUUUUCUUCACGGAAGCAGAAAUGUUGGAGCACAUAACUAUUCAUGAUCCAAAAGUGGAAUGCAGGGAUUGUGAUCAGUUGUUUUUCACUGAAAGCGAAAUGGAAAUUCACUGGUCUGAAGUCCACGAGAAGAAGCAUGUUUGCAAGAAAUGCGGAGAGGCAUUCUUUGAAGAAAGUGAACUGCUGCAACAUAAACCAAUUCACGAACCCCAAAUAAAAUGCGUGGCCGACAAGUGCAAUUGGAAGUUCUUCUCCGAUGAAGACAACGAGCAACACUUUGAGUUAUAUCACAAACCUCAUGUUAAGUGCUCGGAGUGUCCCAAAAUGUUUUUCAACUGGGAGGAAUUGGAACAUCACUACAGUUAUGUCCACGCUGAGAAGUUCAAGUGUCCUAAAUGUGAUCAGUGGUUCAUAAACAUAGAAGACGUUAAUCACCAUCUACCAGUGCACGAUCCUCAGAUUAGCUGUCCAGAAUGUGGAGAAAAGUUUUUCACAGAAGAUCGAAUGCGUGAGCAUAAAACUGUCCACGAGAAACCGUUCAUUUGCCCAGACUGCCCUGAGUCAUUUUAUACAGAGAAAGAACUGAACAGGCAUACAGUUAUUCAUAAACCUCAGCUGAAGUGUCCCAAAUGCACCGAGAUGUUCUUCACGCAGGAAGAAGUUGAUGUCCACUUGCCGAUCCAUAAGCCGCAAGUGAAAUGCAUCAAAUGUGAAGAAAUGUUCUUUUCGAUUGAAGAAAUGGAAGCACAUCUGCCUAUUCAUUUCGUGAAGAAAGCCGCUCCUCCACCACCACCCCCUGAACCCGAGUUCGUGCCUCCGCCGCUGCCAGAGCUAACUGAAGAAGAAACCGUUGAGCUGGUUGUCGAGGAAACUAAAAUACCGACGCCUGUUCCUGAACGAGAAUUAGACCCUCAUCUGAAACCACGACCAGCUCCACGAAGAAAACUACCCAAAUUCAAGAAGCCACCGAGGACUGCGAUACCCCCUUCGAGGAUGGAGCCAGAGCCAACUCACGAUCCCUUGGAUUACCUCGCCAAAUACUGCAUCAUUGUGAAGGACCGUGUUCCCCUGUACAAGAAGGUGUUUCGGGACACAUUGGAAAGACAGAAGAGCAGGAUGGGCAUAGACUAUGAGGACGAAGAAGACGAAGUGGUCAACAAAUUCCGACUCAUGCGGAGAGCCAAAUCGGGAGCUAUCAAAGUUGACCCCGAGACAGGUGAGUUGAGUGACCCCACAGUGUCGAUCGUGAACCCAGAUGACCUUCCGAAGACAGAGGGCGAAGAGGACGAUGGACCUCAGAGGGAGGAAUUCGAAGGAGAUUUUGACCCCAGACUGAAUGUGGAUCUGGAAUUGACAAAAAAAUCUGUGGAGUAUGAGCACUACUUGAUGAAUCAGCGGGAGCUGCUGAACAAGAUCAACUUCACAAUCUCCAACAUAGAGUCCAGACAAGUCAAGAUGUCACAGGACAAUAUGCAGAUGGAAAAGGAAAGAGUUAAAUUAAUUUGUCAGUUUGCCCGAAAUGAACUGAAAGAAGAACUGUUCCCCAAACCAGAGGCUGACUCUAAGAAGGGAGGCAAGAAGGGAGGAAAAGACAAGGGCAAAAAGGGCAAAGGGAAAGGAGGGAAGAAAGGGAAAGGCCCUGAGCCAGUGGAGUUUCCCGAGUGGAUGAACACGGAGUUGGUUGAGGAUGUGAAGAGUGAUGAGUAUGUGAUGGCUAGACUGGACGAAGACCAAUGGUGGAUGAGGAAAGAAUUAAAUUAAUUUGUCAGUUUGCCCGAAAUGAACUGAGAGAAGAACUGUUCCCCAAACCAGAGGCUGACUCUAAGAAGGGAGACAAGAAGGGAG